GCUGAAUCGACAUAUACCCUACAUAUUCAGUUAACGGCGGACUGCGGCGGACGCUGAUAUGGCGUCGAGGCGGUGUUUUGAUUGACGUUAUUUUAUUGUUGUCUUAUCGUAUUCCACCUUCUGUCCUCUAUUUCACAAUUUUAAGCGAGAAAAACAGCACAAUGAGCACCAAUAGACCAGCAUUUGCCAAUUCGUUGGUAGCAAUGUAUGGCAGUAGCCCAGAAACUUCAGAUGAUGAAGACUCAGACUCCGGUCAUAAGAAGACUUCCAAACUGCCUCCUGAGAGCAAAGAAAAUUCUGUGGAUAACCCUCAAGAUGCUGAUUGUGUUUCUGAAGAGGCCAAAGAUUUGAAUCUUCCUCCAAGUGCUCCCGCUCUUGAAGAAAACACCUCCAACAAUCCUGACUCGAAGAUUUCUGACGCACUCUCUGAAGCAGAAGAAUCAGUUGAGGACUCUCCGCCUGUUGAAGUUGAAGGUGCUAAUCAACAGAGUCAAGAUAGAACAAUUCCAGAUAGUAGUGAUGUACAAAAUGUUGCAGUUUCUCGUGUAGUAUCUGAUGAAGACAAUGCACUCCCUGCAAUAGAAACAGUCAAGGCAGUUGAAGAUAGGCUACCAACCGACAGCGAGAGUAGUAUUGAAAAUAUCGCUAAGAAAGAUGAAGAUCUGGCAGAGGACACAUCUGAAAACAAGUUACCUAUGCCAGACACAUGUGGUACCUCUCCAGACACACCAGUUGAUAGUAAAGACCCUGAAGAAAAUAUUGAAACAUCUACUAAAAUAGAUACUUACCCUAAAGCCAUUACAGAAAUUUCACAAACUCUUAGUGCAUCUCCUAAUUCAGAAAUGUCUAGCGCAGAUGGCCCUGAACAUGAUGACAGAAAGGAUGGUGAAUCCUCUGCUGAUACUCCUAUCCUGAGCGACGGCAGCAAACCAGAACUAGCUAAUGCUAAUCUGUCUGCUGAUCCUUCUGUCUUGCCAUCUCUGGAAUCAAAUGAAGCAAAUGAAGAAAUAUUGCCCGCUUCAGUUGAUACUCAAAUUGUAUCGGAACACCUUAAGCCUGACAAAGAGUUAGUAACAACUCCAGGUGGUCGAAGACUAAGACAAGUUCGGCACCCAUCUGUCAAAGCUGCUGAAGCAGCUGCUGAUGCUGCAUUUGUUGCUGCUGUCACUCCAACCAGAAAAAACUUGAAGGAAGCAAAAAUAGCGAGUGCACGUGCCAAAGUAAGUGAUUCAGCUGAUGUCAAUAGUGUUUCAAAAAAAAAUCACUCUGGGUCUUCCUCAACAAAAACUCGAAAAGGUCGAUCUGCAAGUAGUGAUCGAAAAUCUCCUUUAGUUUUUUCUCUGAAAGAAGACAGCAACUCGCAUGAAAAAUCAAACAGUGAAGACAAUUGUGAUGAAGAGAAACUUUCUUCGAUAUCUGAAGAAAUUACAAGCUCUGAUGAUGCUGCUGAUGCUGAAAAUGAAACAACUCAAAAGAAAAGUACUACCAGUGAGUUAGAGAAACCUGUCGGUAUUAAAAUGAAGAUAUCAAGAGAGAGUGUGCAAAUUUUAGAUCCACAUAUGUCAAAAUUAGAAGUACAAAUUCCAUCAGAAACAACAGCACCUGAAUUCACAGCUUCUCCUGGCGGUACUAAAAGACUUUGGAAAUUGAAGGAGGGAACUAUAUCUCCGGUUCCUCCUCUCUCUCCCAUCACAUUGAAAAUUGCCAAGAGUAAGGAGGGGCUAGAAGUUGUCUCAACUGAUAAUUCCCCCCAAACAGUAUCCAGUGUUGAUUCAGAGGGUGGAAGAGUGGAGAAAAUAGAGAAAAUAACACUUAAACUUUCUCGAGAUGAAGGUGCAACUAUUGUGAAGCCAUGUGCUGACGAAUCUGUGGAAAACAGGCAAGAGAAACUUACUCUAAAACUAGUUAAAGGUGAACUUUCUAAUACAUUUUCUUCAGUGCAUAGCCAAGAUGAUGAUGACAAAAACAAACUUGAAAAGAUAACAUUAAAACUUUCAAAAGGUGAUGGUGCUUGUAUAGUGAAGAGAAAAGAAACAGAUGUAGUUUCCUCAUCAUCUGACCAAGAUACUGGCAAACUUGAGAGAAUUACUCUCAAGUUGUCUUCAGACAACAAUGUGAGCAUUAAACGACCUAAAGAUGUUGCUUCUCAACUAGAUCGUGGUGCAUCGGCUAGUCCAGAGCCUGGAAAAAUUGAGAAAAUUACUCUCAAAGUAUCAAAGCACGACAAUGUUUCUAUUGUGAAACCAUCAUCUCCCACACCAUCAUCUGUUAGCAUUGAGAAAUUAACUCUCAAGGUGUCAAAAGAUGGAACCGCUGCUGUUAGUGGUAAGUCACAUGAUGAACAUCCUAGGGAUGGAGAGGGCUCAAAACUUGAAAAGAUAACUCUCAAACUCUCCAAAGAUGAUGGUGUGAGCAUAGUUAAGCCAGCAUCACCUGUACUGGACAGAAAAACCUUAAAAUUGUCCAAGGAUGAACCACUUUCUCCCCUCUCCCCUCUGAUUAUUUCUAGGGGUGAAGAUGUUGAACCUCAGAAAGAACGAAUCACAUUGAAGCUCGCCAAAGCAGGUGGACAUCCAAGCCCUGUAGGUGUUAUUGAUGAACGCUCCAGCUGGUCAAUAAAAUCAACUGAUUCAGAUAACGUACCAUCACCUGUUACAUCAGAACCUGCCACUCCAAAAUCUAGGCCUAAGCGUACUUUGGCCGAUACAUUAGAGGGCCUAAGUUCUUCUAAACGAUUAAAGUUGUCAGAAGUUGGAAAGUCUGAUGAACCUGAAGUCUCUUCAGCCUACAGAGCACAAGAGAAAGAGGAUACUGAGCAUACAGAGGAGGAAAUAAUGGAUGUAACUUCACCUCAAAUGGAAUCAGAUCCUUUGGCUGAAGACCCUAUACCGGAGAUCAAAACUGAUCCUUCUGGUGUUUGUCCGAAGGAAGAUUCAAUGGAUGUCAUUCAGUUGGAUUCUGAAGAUUCUCAAGGUGCUCCUCCCCCAGUACCUGAACCAAGUGUUCCUGUUAUUGGCAUUGAAAGCGAAGUUCCUACUCCAAGGGGAAUGAAAAGGAAACCAAGAGGCCGUCCAAGAAAGUCAGUCUUGCCACCCGGUGCUGUACCUCCUAGCACACCUAUUGUUGAGGAAGCUCCAGUAACAACACCAACCAAAGCAAAACGAGAGAAGAUACGUGUGGAGCCUGUUGAAAGUGAUCGCCCUAAACGGUCCUGUAAGGGUAGAGAGAAGCCUCCUCCAAAGCCCCCUAAAGCUACAAAGCCUCGAGGACGUGCUGCUUUGAACAAACUUAAGGCAGAACAAAUAAUUCAGCCUGAAGAACCACAGUUGUUUGAAGAAGAAACAAGAAUGAGUGCUGAUCAAUCUGAGGCACCUGCUCCUGAUCCUUUGGUUUCUGUUGGAAGCUCUGCAAAUGGCUUAGUUCCUAAAGUAAUGGUCUCUAGGCUACCAGAGACACAUUUUGAUAGCACUGGUCCCAACACCACCAAUGAUGAGUCACAGGCAUCACAGGGUAGUGUUAGCUUGAUAUCUUCAACAACUGAAAGUACUCCGAACAGAGGAAACCGUAAAGGUCGCAUGGAAAUUGAUGUCGACCCACAAACGCAAGUUGAAUUCACAGUUGAUAUGAUUGCCGAAUAUGUUUGGCCUUUAAAUGAUGGUCAUGGGGAAACGUACAUGAUUCAAGAGCAAAUAUCAACCUACCUCGGUGUGAAAUCUUUCAAACGUAAAUAUCCAAACAUGCAAAGGCGUACUGUUGAUCAUGAUGAACGCCAAUAUCUAUUAGAAAGGCGUUUGGUUUCAGAAACUUUGUGUGAUCUUGGUCUCACCGCCUUACCUAGCCAUGAAGUAUUAGAUGUACUGUGUACUGAUUUUCCUGAAAAGUUUGAAGAAUAUCGACGAUACACUAGAGAAAAAGUUCAGCGAGAAUUUUCAAAUAAACAGAAAGCCAUGCUGGCUUCAGGAACCAAAGAAGACUCUAAAAGCAAAGCAAUGCGAAAUAUGGCAUCAUUCAAUUCCAUGCUUAAUCGUAGCAGAAGAGACCAGCGCAGAUGUUGUUUUGAUCUUCAAAGUUUUACUGUGCACUAUCCUGAAAAUAGGCGCCGAAAUAUGGGUGUUCCAAAUCCUCCACGUGUAGGACCAUACCCCUUGGCCCUUGUACCAGGCCAGUACACUGACUAUUACAAAGAGUACACUGCUGCUGAGCUUCGCUACUUCCCAGUCAAUACUGUACUUUAUGGACCUCUCUUGCCUCAUGAAAUGAUGAGAUCACGCACUGGUGGUAGUGAUGGUAGCCAGACAGAAUCAUCUGAGUCUAGUUCAUCUGAAAGUUCAAGCUCUGAUUCAGAUAGCUCUGGCAGUGAUUCUGACAGUGAUUCUGACACCUCUUCUGAAAGUGGGGAUGAUUCAUCAAGUCAGGUAGGCCAAGGUACAGUCGACAAUCAAGAGGAGGUUGUUGAUCGGCCAAAUGCAGUGUGCAGAGUCUGUAAUGGUGAUAAACUUAAAAACAAACUUGGCCGUCCUGAAGCACUCAUUCACUGUGCCAGUUGUGAGAAGAGUGGUCAUCUUUCUUGCCUUGAUUUAACUGUUGAUAUGAUGCCUCAUAUUCGAAAAUAUUCUUGGCAUUGCACUGACUGUAAGCUUUGUGCUCAAUGCAAUGAUACAGCAGAUGAGGACAAAAUGCUCUUUUGUGACAUGUGUGAUCGAGGGUAUCACAUAUAUUGUGUUGGUUUAAGAAAAGUGCCAGAGGGUAGAUGGCAUUGUAAAGAAUGUGCUCUUUGUGCUUCAUGUGGAGCCAGAGAUCCUGGUGGCACUGAAGAACACCAAGCUAUUCAGAAUUUAACAGCACAGGAUUCUCCAACAAAAACAGCUGAGCCUCCCCAGUGGCAACAUGAGUUCAAAAAAGGUGAUAAAGGGACACGAGUCUACGUCCGUACACUUUGUGUGCCGUGUUCAAAGUUGUGGCGAAAGGGACGCUAUUGUCGUCUUUGCUGGAAAUGCUUUACCGAUCAGCCUGAGGAGGAAGGGCUUAUCAACUGUUCUAUCUGUGAUCGCUGGAUGCAUGCGGAAUGUUGCCGUAAAGCUGGUCGAAUAAUCGAUGUAGAGAAAUUGAGUAGUUACAUUUGCGAACUUUGCCAGCAGAAAGGAGCUCGCGUUUCAGUGAACAAAUCACCAUCAAAGGUGUUGCGCUAAUAAGAUUUUUAUAUUAAGGUUUACGUUGUAUAGCUUUGAUUUACCUAUUUUAGUUUUGAAAUAGAAGUAAAGAAAAAUAAAUAUGCAAGUGCCCAUGUCAAAUUUUUUAAGUAUAAGUGGAAUAUGUUUUAAUUUCACCUGCACAAUAUUAUUGUUGUACAAUUGUAACGGUAAUAUUCAUGCAAUUUUAAGCUGUUAUUCAUUGACAUUGUGUUGCGUUUACUUUUGUAAAUACCUCUUAUUGUUUCACUGCUUUAAUUUUUUUUAUUCCAAUGAAAUGUAAUUCCUGACUAGUAAUGUACCUGGUUUUUGACAAUUGGUUCCCCAACCAGUAUACUGUGCAACUUGUCAAAGCCUGGUCACGAAUAAGAAACUAUCAAGAAAAUUUAGAUGCAUAAA